AUGCGUCGUUUCCUGCUGCUGAUCCCCGUUCUACUCCUAUCCGCCACCGGAGUACUGUCACUCGGCGGAAAAUCGUUCCUCACUCAACCACGAUCGUAUCUAAUCAAUAAAAGCUAUGCGCUCAUAACGCUAUGUGAACCACAAGAGAAACUUCCCUUAAAUGUUUCCGUAUCGCUGAAUCCGUUCCAAGAGAAUCAAGUGAUCAAACUCCAGAGAGCGGACGUCCCUAUUGAGAUAAAUCCACAAAUUGUUCACGACAUCACACAGAUUACGGUAGCCGCUUCUCCAUGGCCAGUCCCAUUGAACAUCAAACAAAUCACUGUUCGACUUGACAAGAAACUUUUCAAACUGCUACUCAAUCCGAAUUGUGACAGCGCCGAGGGAUUCUGGACAUCUCCGGAUAUGACAGCAUAUUGGGGUCGAUUUAUCGAUUGCGAUGAAAUGGACACGUAUUGCGAUUCGCGUGCGGACGAGAUCUCCGACUGUGAUCUCCCGUUCGCCUAUUAUCUGCUAUGGCGCAACGGUGUUGAUCGAUACGAGUAG